UGGGCUGCGCUUGGGCUCCCGAGCCACCCUCCCCCCCCCCAUCUGCCGUCGGGUUGAGCAGGUUGAACAAUAUGCUCCAACGGCGACCCUCCUCCUCCACCACCUCCCCAUCCUGCCAUGCGUCCUUCAUAAACACGCCCACGACGUCGCCGGCCCUUGCCAUCCCGCGCAUCGUCCCCUAGCUUCGCUCGUCGCGUCGCGCACCAGAAAGAGCGCGGUUGAUGAAGAUUCACAGCGCAGUGUCCGGCGUGCAUUUUCGACGACAGUACCACUUGAGCGUUCCAUAGAGUGGACCCUCCUCUGGAAUGGAAUUUCUCAAGACCUGCAUAACGAAUGCGCAAGCUAUCGGAGACUUCGAGGCAGUCGCAUUUCAAGCCUUUUCAGUUACCCGAAAUACAGAUGCCUCGCCGAGCCUAGUCGAUAGAAGCCCGGCUGAGGACUUGCAUGCGGUCGAGGCAGAGUUCAGGCAGGGUCAGCAUUUGGUCGUUCAAGAUGCAUCCAAAUCGCUGCUGUGGUUCUUCCGCGCCACUACCGCCGACAAGGCCGGCCAAACGCCCCUCGCUCUUCCUGUCCUACCAGGAUACGACUUCCAAGCGGAGCAAUCGGGUGUGAUGAAAGCUUCCGAGCUAGCCCGCCCUCCCAUGCGCAACGUCACUUCAAGCACCCCUUCUUCGAAUUCUCCAUUAACUCCAGGCGCGCUGAAAGGGCCGGGCUUUCUGGGCGGAAAUGGGCGUGGAGCUCAGGGCACCCCCCAGGCUGCCCAGCCGUUGGACCAGCAGCUGCAACAUGAUAGUUAUGCUAUUUAUGAGCUGUUCACGUCUUCUGUCGUUGCUUUGAUAUCUUUCUAUAUGGUGAGGGAUCACAAGGCGAUCGCUCUGAAUUAUAGAACAUUGCUAUCGAUGCCCGCAGCCCAGCAAGACCCUGAUCAAGACCCAUCUAACUCUUCAGGCAUGCCCUUCUGCCUAACUAACGUCAACGUGUACUGGACGAGUUCAGGCACGCUCGUUAUAUCUAUCUUCUCCGUGUCGAAGGCUGAAAUUCACCGUUUGGAUGGAAUCAAUUCCGAAGAGGCGCAGAAGCAGUUUGUUGGGAGAUGCGUGCGUGUGGCCCCCAAUGGUCUCCUGGCCAAAAUUGUCGGCUUUGAGAGCUUUCCAGAUGUUGCCGCGGAAGAUGUCAGCCAACGAGGGCAACGGAAGCGCGUCAGAAUUGGUCCGGUGGAGCAAAGCAUUGAACGGUGGAAGUCCUUGGUCACGCGCUGGUUGAAAUGGAAGGGUUAUUCAAUACCAGACUUGGAGGAAAAGACGUCAUGGGUGAAAAUCCGCAUCGCACGUUCAAAUCAAUUCGCAGCGUCGAGUCCCGCUCCCGGAGGACAAGCAAGAGAGGUGUUAUGGCCACGAGCGCUUUGCUUCUUCUAUGACGAGCUGUCCAGUGCUGGAGAUGUCCCGGAUACCGCCCGGAUACCGCAGAAAGACACCACCCUUGAUUGGUAUGAAACAAAUUAUUCAAGCGGCUUUCGAGAUCCAAUAGACGUUGCUCAACAAUGGUUCAUGGGCAAACCGGAAAGGGACAAAGCUCUCGAAGCUCGUCGCAAAGCUCAAAAGGCCGAAGAAGAGGCUGCCCAACUAAAAGGUGACAGUCAUGGCCUGCUUCCCUCAUCACCUUUGAAUUCUCGAACGGGUACAUAUGGCGACUUACAGGCCGUUAGCGGCGUGUACCCGACACCCCCAGACGGUGUGGCUCCUGGUGUAGGAAUGCCAAGCAGCGAUAAUGCUGCUAUUCCAGGAGCUGCUCCCAAUACUAUCCUAGUUCCCAGCGGUAGCAAUCCAGCUAUAAACCUCUCCGGUCCACACGACCAUAUCCCCACAGAUACACAGCAGCUUCCUGUGGCCUCACCCGAGCUCCCGCUACCGUUCGACCCGUUUAGUUCUACGCUUCACGGCGGAAACGAUGAUCUUUUCGAAGAUUUGGACGAGGAUGGGUUUGGUGGCAACGACAUUACAGAUGCCGACUUCAAUUUCUUUGACGAGCCGGAUGAGAAUGAAGACGUGGAUAUGUUGGGUAGCUCGGCAGCGCCGGAUAGCAAACCCCCAUCCCAAGAGAAGGCCGGAAAGGACCCCGAAACAUCGUCUUUGCCCGAUGCCGACAUUAAAGAGGAAAUGUCGGAUCCAAUGACUGCGCUCGAUGAUGCUCUUGCCGCAGCGCCCCGUCCUUCCAAUCAGCCCAACAGCCAAGUGAAAAUCGAAACGCAGGCCGAUGAACAAGCCCCCCAACCCGGGGCCCAAGCUGAGCAACCCAUUUCACAACCUACGCAAUCUACCGACCCUUCUAUCAUAUCAGUGAAACUCGAACCCAGCCCUCCACUCAGUCCGCAUCUUGUUCAGCAAAAACUACUGCCGUCUCCCAAGGAGAAACUUAGAUUCCAGACUCCGAAACAACAAAUCACUAGUCGGCAUAGGGACAGUAUCUUCGACCCAGUAAGUUUCAAUCGCAAGAUGAGUCUCUCAGAUGCGAAAUACCACGAGGGCCGGUUCAGCUUCCCUCUCAGAAAGCCCAAAGAAACCAGUGUUUCGAAAGAGCCAACAAAACGUCCUGCUAGCCUUAGGGAACUCCCAUUGCUCACCAAACUUCGCCAUGCCAUUGGCAUGGCCUCGGCGAAAAGCAUUGUGGAACUGAAGACGGUAGUCCUGGAUGAAAGUGAUCUCUCAGACUCGUCGAGUGAGACGCCAUCCACGCCCGAAGAUGAGCCCGAGGAUAUGGUUUCUACUGCGCCUGAGCCACUAUCCGCCGGUCUCUAUUUUCCAGGGAAGAGAAAAUUACCCACGGAUGGGGAUGCCACUCCCAUGUCAGCCACUUCAUUUGCCGAGUCAUUUGGGGGAGAUAUGCAGGAUAUUGCUAGCCUCCAAACCGAUGAGAGCUGUUUGGCGUGGUUCGAACCGAAUCCCUCAGACUGGUGCCUAGCAUACGUACCGGCUCCAGCUGAGUUGCCGCUGGCAGUCGCCCGCAAUGAUGUCCCUGCGUUCUCUCCUAUAAUUCCCUCCAUGCCAGAUACGCCCACAUCUCAGCCUGAUUUACAAGCCGACUUUCCCGACGAGAAGCCACUGAGCCCUAAGGAUAGCAUAGCCGUGGCUCAGAUAGUCACCGAUCAGAUUGUUUCAGCCACGCUGGAUAUUCUUCAUGAGGGGAGUUCCACCGACACUACACCCCACCUCGAUCGAACUUGUUCAGAAACGAAAGCAACCGCUGUUGUCAAGACCAUUUUCCCCAAAGCUGCCGAUUGCAAUGUCCUGAGUCUGGCAUCUGUCCAGGAUGUCUUCCCUGAUCUUCCGCAGCAAUCUAAGGGGCAGCCAAGACCUGCACCACGCAGAAUGAAUGCGCAGACAGAUGGAUCAGCGUCACCAGGCCAUCUCAUCUACCAAAUACCCUCUCCUCAUAUAAGAGUCCGCCGCGCUGAUACCCUAUGGGACCUUCUGCCUCCAGCUCUUUCAUUUUGGGAACCUCUGGGGCUGGCUCCAUGCAAUCCGGCCAAGAACGUUGUUGCUUUCUGCAUUUAUCCCCAAAGCCAUUCCUUAACAUCCUGUCUGGAGAGCUUCCUCGUCAACAUUCAGAUUGCAUACGAAAGCUGCAAGUUUGGGAAUCAUACCAGGAUCCAAACAGUACCGGAGUAUGAGGGGGGACUUGUGCCUUGCACAAUCAACGGACCAACAUCAGCGCGCGCUGCUUUCAGAGUCCUACGUGAGACAUGCACCCAGCUUGGAAAACUUCUUGCCGUCAAGCAUGCACAGAUGAGAGAGAAGGGGCAUCAAAAGAUUAAUGCUUUCGUCAUCUACAUGAUAGACCCUUUCGAGAGCCCAUCCGCUUUGUGGGAGCUCUGCUCUGCCUUUUGGUCCUUAUUCCAAGCAUAUGGCCAAGUCUCAGCUAGUAGACCUGGAUCUGAGCUUCCGCCAAAGCCCGAUCUCGUUCUCCAAAUCAUUCCGAUUAAGUACAUUGCAUCCUUCGAUGUACCAGUUGUCCUGGAUUCCAGUACAUACACCAGCCUUGCGCGCGAGGUUUACGACCGCUGUCCGCCAAGCGCCCCCAGCGAAGACAAGACUCCCCUCACCAUCUACACGGCCCCGUCCUUCCAGCUCGAAGAAGCUAUACCCCGAACCAUUCCCUUCAAGUUGAAUGCUGAGCCGCCACAAGAUCUUCUCCGCGAGAACUCGUAUAUUCAUCUUGGAUAUGCCAUCAGUCUCGACGGGACCUGGAUCACAGCUGCAUGGACCGACAGCUGUGGGAAAUCGCAAGCCGUGGUCUCAUACAACCUCGGCACACGUGUGUUCGGCGAAAUCGCAAAGGAAAUAUGGCAAACGACUGUUGAGAUCUUGCAGGCAAGGAGAGUGACGUGGCGUGUCUGCAUCGCCAAAGCAGGAGUUAUGGAAAGAGAAGAACUAGAGACUUGGGUGUUUUUGGCCUCGUGUCCUACGCAACUAAAUCUGUUUAUAACAUUACUGACUGUGGAUACGAAGCCUCCGCUGAGGUUUACACCCACGAUACCGACGCCCAAUUCUUUGACUAGUAACGCGAAUUCAGCAACGGCACAACAUCUUAGCUCAAACACACCUGGAUCCACACCACAAGCCGCCGGGGGUCUCUCUCCCGAUCACCCCGGCCUCACGCCCGCAGCUACACCAUCGGACUCUACAAACGACCCAUCUAACGACCCGGAAGCGCGCCUCAUCAACGUGACGGACGAAAGCUGGGGUGUUAUCCUCAGCCACCGCCUACAUAACUCCAAUUCUACAGUCGAAUUCCGCCCAUGUCUUAUCAGCGGACUACUCGUCAAACGAGGGGAGACGUACUCCACAUCCAGAAGAACUACACAGGGAGGGGAGAUCCCGGACCCGGAACGCGGGCCGAUUGUUGUGGGCGUUAAUAUUCUCUGGGUCGGCGCUGUCGGUAGUACACGCGCUGCGCAGUCCCCGUUUCCGCCUAGCGCUAGUGGCGCCGAGGGCGUAAGUCCUGGUGGCACUAACCUCACAUCCAACACCUCUAACCCUCAUCUUAACUCCAAUCCACCGAAUACCUCUGGAGCAGGCAUACCUGAGAGGAGUAGUACGAGUUUAAUGUGGACGCCUACGGCACAGAGUCGCGCUACGGCCGAGAAUCUGCUGAAGGAAGUGUUGGCACAGUUUCGGGCGUUGGGGCUGUUGGCCAGAUUGAAGGGAAUGAGGGGCACGAGGGGAGGGACCGUGCCGUGGCAUGUGGGGGCUGCGAUGAGGGGCGUGGGGGGCGUAGUAAAGUGCUUGCAGUAG